CUGGGCGGCGGCGGCGGCAGCAACAGCGGCUCAGACUCCCCUGGCUACGGAGAGAGGCGCUGCUCCGUCCGGAUGGCGGACUGUCGGCUCACCGCGCUCCUCGUUUACCUCUUCGUGUUAACAGGCGGGUCGCAGGGAUUUACCGUCGAGCCGGCACAGAGCGAGUUAAAUGUCCCCAACGGGGAAGACGCGGUGUUCACGGUGCGGCCGUCCAGUGCUAUCAAAAGCGGAACGUGGGUUUACAAAGGGAAAACGAUCGUCCUGUGGGUCAGAACAUCCCUGGACAUCGAUGUUGUGUACAAGUCACGGGUGGAUUUAGACAUCACCAGCGGGUCGCUGACACUGAAGUCGGUGAACGAGUCGGACAACGGGGAUUACACAGUGUCAGUCUUUGCAGUUGGCGGCGCUCAAGACACAGCGACCAUCACACUGCAGGCAUUCGAACCUGUCUCUCAGCCUGUGAUCACAUCCAAUGAUACCCGCCCUGUAGAACACAAUGACACGGUGACUUUAGAGUGCGUGGCCGUGGGCACGGAUGUCUCAUAUGCCUGGUCCAGUAACGGCCUGACGCUUAGCCCGGGCGGCCGGCUGGUCUUGAGUAACGGCAACCGCACUCUCACCAUCUCCGGCGUGCUCAGAUCGGACAAGGAGUUCACCUGCACUGGGUCCAACCCGGUCAACACAAACACCAGCGAUCCAUUCCUGCUGGACGUCAGCUACGGACCGGAAAGUGUUCAGAUAUCCGUCAUCCCCGACCAGGCCGCUUACACCUCUGGCACGGACGCCUCUCUCACCUGUUCUGCUGUUUCCAAUCCCGCCCCGGAAUAUCAAUGGCUCUUCAAUGGGCUGUUCCAACAAAGCGGGCAGCAACUAGUCAUUGCGGCCCUUGGCGUCAAUGACACGGGAAGCUACACCUGCCAGGUGUUUAACAAUGUGACCAAAAGGUCAAGUUCCUCUUCGCGAAACAUCACCGUCAUAGAACGGGUGGCGAAUGUCAAUCUGCGAUCCAACAAUUCCGAGCCGGUGGAACAGCGAGACUCCGUCGUGUUGACCUGCAGUUCCCGGGGAUCUCAAGUGAAGCGAGAAUGGAUUUUCAAAAAUCAACCCAUCCAGCAGAAUGACACGAUAACUAUAUCCGGAGACACUCUGAUCAUUGACCCAGUAGACAGGGCCGACACAGGGAUGUAUAAAUGCAUCGUAAGCAAUGGACUGAACAGCGGCAACGCGGAGACCUCCCUGAAUGUUUUAUAUGGGCCGGACAAUAUGAAAAUUACCCCCCAGAGUCCAGUAACAAUAACGAAUGGAGAAAAUCUAACGUUGACCUGUUCGGCCCAGUCCAUGCCCAGCCCUGUGUAUGAGUGGUUCAAUGGGGCAGAGAUGAUGGGUACAGGUCCAGUAUUCACCAUCCCCUCAGUAAGCAUGGAGCACGGUAUGAAUUACACAUGCCAUGCCAAUAAUGCCAGGACUGGCAGAAACAUCAGCCUCACUGUAAAUGUCAACGUGCAAAACAAUGGUCUGGGAGCUGGUGCGAUCGCUGGGAUUGUGAUUGCAGUAGUGGUUGUUGGUGCAGGCGGGAUCGGAGGUGGAAUAGCCUAUUUGAUGAGGGAAAAAAGGCACAGGCCGAAAGCCGAACCUGGGACGAAAUACGACGCGAACAGGAGUCCAAGGGGACAGAUUACCUCGGCCACACAUUCCGAGGACGGACUGGCAACCUAUGAAAAUCUCCCGGGUAAAGAUCAGGGAACCACUCACGCGCCAGAGGGAGACCCCACAUAUAUGGGUCUGAAGCUGGAUGAUCGAUCGGUUUACAGUGAACUACGGAGGUAGCCGGGCCGACCCAUUGAUCAGCUCGUUGUAUCAACAAGGUUCACAAGGUCACAAUGUCACAAGUUAUUGGAGUAGAAUUAGGCCAUUCGGCCCAUCGAGUCUACUCCGCCAUUCAAUCAUGGCUGAUCUCUGCCUCCCAAUCCCAUUUUCCUGCCUUCUCCCCAUGUAUUGUGUUUUUAAAAAAAUAUAUAAAUUAUGAUGUUUUUAUAAAUGAUAUACCAAGAUUUUAUAUGUAUUUUAUGAUAUUUAAUAUGCAAUGCACUUUUAAUGUAAUGUUGCCCCUUGUCUGGACCUUGAGUCCGUAAUAAAAUUUAGUAUUAUUAUUA